AUGCUAAAUGCUAGUUCCGCGAAGGUUGUCAUAGUCAGUGGCAAGCACGCCCAGCGAUUUAUUUCCGACUACGCUGAAAGCCUAAAUCUCUCACAGCCCCAGCAGAUGCAGCUCCAAAGUCAAGAGAUUACUUUUCGCACUGAGGAGCUCAAUGGCAUCAUGCGAAGGAUAUACAUGAACGCUCUAGAAUUAGAGACUGUGGUACAGGGAUAUGGGUGGGUCCAAAGGAAAAGCAUGAGUGGUGCUCUUAAGCUCGCUUCUCUCUUCUUAGGCUCCAUGAGUUUCAUUCACAGGUUCUAUGGAAUUGCCAAAGCCAAAGAUGGAGUCUUUGAAGCGAUCAUGAAGGCAAGGAAAGGCGAAUUUUUUUCGUUGGACUCACUGAGCGAGGCUGCUAGAGACUGGCUAGGCCGCAGGGGUUUCAAAACCACCGAGGACAUUAAUGACCUUGUAACAAUCGGCGGCGGAACUCUAGGCCAACCACUGCACACUCUUUACUGCGUACUAAGAUUCGUUUGCUCAAGAAUUCCUCAAAAUCAACCUCUUGCUACUUGGAAACGGCCCAAUAUUACGUUCGGAGAUGGUCCACUUUUUUCAAAGCGCAUGCAAGUGGCUAUUGCGAAUCUUUGGUAUCGAAAGAUAGGACAAGAGCAGGAGAAACUGCGUAUUCAGAUACAACGUCGUCGUACUUUUACGCCGGCUCUAGUCGGAGCAAAGCCAACAUAA